UUCUGCUGUCUUGGUCUGCACCAAUUUAAGUUGAGCGGUCAGUUUACGCCCAACAGCAGCAGCAACAGCAGCGGCGGCGGCGGCGGCAGCUUUCAGCACCAUGGAGAGCAACGUGGUGCACAUCUUCAAAGAGGACCGGUGUCCCUCGGGCCAGCCGGGGGAGUGCAUCCCAAACUUCACCUGGCAACCUUCGGAUAUCUUCAACUACACUGCCAACGGCACCUGGGAUGCUGAACCCGAGCCAAUGUCGCCCAUCAUCCCCAUCAUAGUCGCCGUUUACUCCAUAGUGUUCGUGGUGGGCUUAGUCGGCAAUUGUUUGGUGAUGUAUGUCAUCAUAAGAUACACAAAAAUGAAAACAGCCACCAACAUCUACAUCUUUAACCUGGCCGUGGCUGACGCCUUGGUCACCACCACCAUGCCCUUCCAGAGCACCGACUACCUGCUCAGCUCCUGGCCGUUUGGCGAGAUAGCGUGCAAAGUUUUCAUCUCCAUCGAUUACUAUAACAUGUUCACCAGCAUCUUCACCUUGACCAUGAUGAGCGUGGACCGCUACGUAGCUGUGUGUCACCCUGUUAAGGCCUUGGAUUUCCGGACCCCCGUCAAGGCCAAGAUCAUCAAUGUUAUCAUCUGGGUGCUGUCGUCGGCUGCUGGGAUCCCUGCCAUGAUACUGGGCAGCACCAAUACUAAUAACGGGACUACAGAGUGUGCUUUACAGUUCCCUGAUCCCUACAUCUACUGGGACACGCUGAUGAAGAUCUGUGUCUUCAUCUUUGCAUUUGUGGCACCGGUCAUCAUUAUAACUGUCUGCUACACUCUGAUGGUCAUGAGGCUGAAGAGCGUGCGGCUGCUGUCAGGCUCACGCGAGAAGGACCGCAACCUGCGUCGCAUCACCCGUCUGGUGCUGGUGGUGGUCGCCGUCUUUGUGGUGUGCUGGACACCCAUUCACAUCUUCAUCUUGGUCAAGACGCUGUCAACAAAUGUCCCCGAGACCACGGCUGUUAUGGCCGCCUACUUCUUCUGUGUGGCGCUGGGCUACACCAACAGCAGCCUUAACCCCAUCCUCUAUGCUUUCCUGGAUGAGAACUUCAAGAGAUGCUUCAGAGACUUUUGCUGUCCCAGAACACAAGGACAAGGUGACUGUCAUGGAGUGAGCCGUGUGAGAAGCACUCUGCGGGAUCAUUCGUGCCCUGCAGAAACUCGGGGAGGCGUAAAGCAAGCCAGGCCCGUAUGACUAGCCAUGGACAUGUCCUCUAUGCCCUAUCAGAGCUGGGAGGACUCCAAUGAGCUGGGCUUAACUCAAAUCACUACAGCUAUCUGAGAUAAAAGCCAGAGUCAGGGCCAGAUUUUUAGCUCUGUAUCCAGCACGUUGGUCAAAUAAGCCAAAAACAUGUUCACUUAAAAGAUUAGCCUGGUGCUAAUCUAUGUUUUAUUCUUACUACACAAAUCCCAUGAAAAGGCCACAACCAACAAAGAUUGGAGCUUCUAAUUUUCUGUACGCUACUCUGCUGCAAUGAAUGAGUCACUAAAGUUGCUAAAAAGUAUUAAUUCCUCACUAAAAAUAGUCACCAAGGAAUACACUUCAGUCGUGUUGGAGACCACAGAACACAGAAAAUAAAGCCUUAAAAGAAUGAACUGUAUGUAAUAGUACAUAGAGAUGACUUAAGUUUUUAAAAGAUGCACAGACAUGAAUAGGCUUCAGUUAAAGUUAUGUAAAAAAAAUUCUUGACAGAAAGAUGAACCUGUUGGUGGUUUUGGUAUUUAAGUAUAAAAGAGUUUAA